AUGGAACUUUCAAAGUGCAAUAUUCAACCAAUUUUGCUAUUCAACUUCAAAAAAGGAUGUAAGGCAGUUGAAACUGUUCAUGAUAUCAAUGAAACGUUUGAUGAGGGAAUGAUCAGUGAGUGGUCUGCUCAAAAAUGUUUUAAACGAUUUCGCAGUGAAGACCUGAGCCCUGAAGAUCAUGAGCAUAGUGGACACCCAUCUGCCAUCGAAGAGUGUCAAUUAAAGACCGCCAUCGAGAAAGAUUCACAUAAAACCUCUCAAGAACUGGCAAAAAAACUUCGAGUAUAUGCUAUUAGUUCUCAGUUUGAUUUACCACUAAAACUUUGGCUUGAACUGCAAAUGAAAAAUGUGGUGUUGAGUCUGCUUAUCUAA